AUGGCGGCAGAGUUGCCACAAAUCCCGGAGUUCCAGAGGUCUCAGGGCAGAGUCAGUGUCAAGAAGCUGCUCAAGAACAAGAUCAUGCCCAAGCUGAACAAGCGCAAGCUGAACAAGUCCCAGAACCCUCUUCCGUACCCUGACACCCUGGUGCCUGCAAGCCCCGCCGGCGAGGAGCCAGAGGUGAGCGAUGCCGCAGGAACAUCUCCGGCAAACUCUGCCUUGGGCCGCGACAGCGAGAAGAACGAGGACAACCUGCCGGAGCUGCCUGGCAAGCCGGAGGAGGCAAAGGAGGAGGCGGAUCCCAAGGAGGCCGAGAAGCCCCACGAGCCUUCUGGGCCCCGGGCCCAGCACCGCCGGCGGCGCCGACGCUUGAGUCCCGAGCCACAGUUUUCUGAGCGCCUGGCCAGCAGAGGCGCCAAGUUCAAGAACGAGCUAGCUGGCACGCCCCUGGCCUGCGACUACUUCCAGUCACACUUCGGGGACAACUCGGAAGCCCUCACAACCAUCUUCAAGAGCGUCAUGCACAGAGUGGAGCAAGUUGACCCCACAUUCACAUAUUCCCGCAAGCCUGUUGCAACCAAUGUCCCUGAUGUACCAGAGCUUGGAGAAUCCCUAGAGUUGAAUUUGAUGCCAUGGCAUCUGAGCUUCGACCCCAGCUUGUCUCUGAAGGGCAAGUCCAAAAUGGUGUACAUCAAGACCUGUGUCACUGACUUCCUGGAGCGGCCCUACAACUCGAUGGAGAACCCGAUACACGUGUUCUUUCCGAAAAAGUGCAACACACCCGGGCAGGCCAUUCAGAGCUACGGAGUGGGACAUGGCAUCGGGUUUGCCAAGAGCCUUGCCAUCAAGAUGCUCCUGCUGGGUGUGGUUCAGAUGCAGCUGUCCGACGCAGAGCUCAAGGCCAUCGCUCCGCAGCUGAAGGCAUUGUUCAGCUUCCGCUGCCUCUACAAGACUUUGGGGGACGAGAAGCAGGACCGCAUCCAGUGCCUGAAGGACAAGUUUGGCGAGGCUGCCCGGCCGCGGCCAGAUUGCAUCCAAGUCUGCACCAUUUUGCAGGCCCAGGCCAGGGAGGAAGGUGCGCAGUGGGAGCAUGCUGCAGCUCGCAUGAUCUCUGAAUUCAACAAGGGUAGCACCAACGAAGUCAAGCAACUUUCAGACUUGGAGAUGUGCAUCGUGAAAGUCCUGCCAUCGAUUGAGGAGGACACCCUCAAGAUGAUCGACUACCAUUGGCAGAACCAUGCCAUAAAGACCAGCGCCUUGCCAUACAAAGUGCUGGCCACUGACGCAUUCAUGAGUGGGUCAAAGCCAAAGCCAAGCCAGGACUCCAAGCUUUGGCGUGACAUCCUCAGCUUGAGCAACGAGAAACGGCACUGGUACAUCACACGCAAGAUCAGGCUCUACCUCUUCAAGAUUGCGGAUGCGAAGCGGCUGAGGAGGAAGGUCAGCCCAAACAGCAUCCGUGACGAGAGGGACAACGACAGUGCUUGGGCAAUCGCUUGCAUUUUCACGCAUUUCCAAGAGGCCUGGAGCGGCCUUGUCACUCAGAGCUCCUUGCAGCGCCUCCAGGACAACUUCUGCCGGGGAUACCUUGACACUGAGCUGCUUGAGAAGUACCGCCUGAUGAACCCCAGUCUUGCUGCCACGAGCUUCCGGUUCUUGGCGGAAGUCGGCUACCAGGUCGAGCUUGCCGCUGACCUGCAAAAGGCCGAGCUCGCCCAGACCAAGGCGCGCCUGCUGAAGGAGCAGCGGCAGUGGAUGCAGUUCAACGAGUCUUUGGAGGAGUUCAAGCUGGCCACCGUUGGGAUGAAGCAGGAGCACGUGGACAAGCAACGUGAUGUGCAGCGAGCGGCCAUAGAAGACUUUGCAGACCUCUUCUUCCCCGUGAGGGACCUAGCAGAGAUCUCGCAUGGCCUCACCUUUGCGGAGGCCAGCAUCCACAAGUGCUGCGGCAAGAUGUCGGCGCCGCAGGAAGCAGUCUUCAAGGUGUAUUGGCUGAACUCCGCAGUGCUGGGCUAUGAUGCAGUGCUUGGAGUCUCCGAGGCCGUUGCAGAGUACGCAAGCCAUGUGGCAAGCAGCCCAGCGAGCUCGUGCAUUCUGGUUGCCGCUCCAACAGCAGGCGCUUGGGGGAGCGAGUGCCAUGAGACUGCAAUCGUUGAGGCCACAGAGAAGGUGCGCCAGUUGCUGCAGCACAGCGAGCGCAGGCUGCUGGUUCGGGAGGUGUGCCUGCCCUUCCAAGUUGACAGCAUCCAGGCACAGUCAAAGCGGCCAGGAAUGCACAAAAUUUUCCUUUGCGUUUCUGACCAGUGUGAUGCAUCCGGCCAGCCGGUCUCCAAGUUCACGCAGUCCCAGCUUUGGAAGAGACAGAUUGUGGCUGGGAGCAUCAAGGUCCCGAUGGCUGCAGUGAAGCAGAUGGUUGACCCGCGGAGGAGCUUCGUGGGUGCGUCUGGGCUGGCAGACAACUUGAGCAAGCCGUCGCGGAGGAAGCAGUGGCUUGCUGGCUGGCAAGUAACCGCUGCCCUGCAGGAAGCCUUGUGGUCUGGCAUGGGCCAAGUGCUUCCCAAGGCAAGCAUGGCUGCUUGGGUGGACGUUUUCAUGUACGACCAUUUUGCAGCCGAGGGCCUGAUGCGGGCAAUGGACAACCCGGCCAGUCCCGACAUGAUGUACAUUGGGCUGGUGUGGGCUGACAUGAGCUCCCGUGAUCCCUCCAACUCUGGCGCCCAGCGAACCUCCGCAGAGGUCGGUCAAGACAACGCGAAGAUCUGCAACUGGGUGAGGAAGCAGAUUCGCCGAAAGCUGCAGGGCUAUGCCACUGAAGGGGCGUUGAGUGUACCUGGCUGGGAGCCCAUCACCGGGUUUCAGGAGACACGGGCUGUCCCACAAGUGUCAGAAGCCGACUUCACACUGACCUACCCGGCAGCUUCCAACUUGCUUCCUCUGCGCAGCUGCAUCUUGGAGACUCUUGCCAACAAGUUCACUCACGGUGAUGCGGCAGCGGCUUGGGCAGAGCUGGUCAGGCAGCCAGCCUCUCUGGAGGAGCUCAUUGCGCAGAAGGGCGCUGUGGUUGACUUGACAGAGACGGUGUCCAACGCCCAUCUCUUCUUCACAGAUGGUGGGGAAAUCUGGGCUCUGGCUGACUCUGACACCACCUUGUCUGACCGUGGCCCGCCUCUGGCUCUCGUGUACGGGACGUUCAAGCUCAACGAGGAAGCAAGCACGGCAUCCAAGAAGAGCUCCUGCUUCCGUGCCACCUUCAACAGCGACACUGAGGAAGCGGUUUUCCGCAAGGCAGCCGACUCCGCCAAAGAAUGCAAGCUGCGGACAUUGCGCAGCUGGCUCAAUGAGCAGGAGCAGCUUGGCUGUGACAUCCAGGCAGUGGAGUUUGCCUGCCACUCCCUGAAGCCAGGCUCGGAGAAGGACAGCGCCGGGGACACCACAGGGCGGGUCUAUGAGGUUCAGGUGACGGACCCCUGUGUGUUCCUCCCUUCACGCACGCCGCGCAAGGUUGGGAGCGCAAAGGCCCCUGACUGGGAGGAUGCUGGAAGCUUGUCUGUCAGUGGCCAAGCCACGAAGAACUGGAAUCUUGAAGAAGGUACGCAUAAUUCAGGCAACCUUUCACUGAAGCACCGCUGGCUGUACAGUGACGGAGAGCAGGGGCAAACAUGCAACCCUGAGAAGCCUGGCUUGUUCCCGAGUGUGCAGUUGCAGCUGAAGCAGGGCAUUCUGGUGCAGCUUGCGUGA